AUGAGCGGCGGGGAUUGUCAAAGCCAGGCUGACGUCUCGCAGCAGCCUAUAGGAAAGGACGGCUCUUUCAAACGUCCGGACAGUGUCUUCCGGAACUGGAUUGAGAAAGGCGGUAAAUUCGCCCCAGAGGCCGAUCGAUAUCAUCUAUACGUGGUGUAUGGCUGUCCUUGGGCAACACGAACGCUAAUUGUCCGCAAAUUGAAAGGCCUGGAAGACAUCAUUCCAGUGACCGCAGCGUCUCCUCGCGCCGACGAGCACGGAUGGCCCUUUGCCAAAGUUGAUAGAUUUCCCGACGUCGAGGACGAUCCCCUCUAUGGAUCCGAGCACAUCAAAGAUCUUUAUCUCAAAGCAGACCCGGACUAUAGCGGCCGCUUUACCGUGCCGGUUCUGUGGGAUAAGAAACUGGAGACCGUCGUGAAUAACGAAAGCUCUGAGAUUAUUCGCAUCUUCAAUAGCGCAUUCAACGAAAUCCUCCCUCCCGACUUGGAAAAGACCAAGCUCGAUCUGCACCCUGCUACCCUGCGCGAGGAGAUCGACGAGCUCAAUGACUGGGUCUACCACACCGUCAACAAUGGAGUGUACAAAGCCGGCUUUGCGAAGACUCAAGCAGCAUAUGAAGCAGCCGUGAAGCCCCUUUUUGGGUCUCUCGACAGGCUGGAGAAGAUCGUCGACGCGCGGGACUACCUAAUCGGCGGACAGCUGACCGAAGCUGAUGUCCGCUUGUUCGUCACCAUUGUCCGGUUCGACAUCGGGUACUACGGCGCGUUCAAAUGCAACAUCCGUACGAUCCGUGAUGGCUAUCCAGCUCUCAACAGAUGGUUCAAGAAGCUGUACUGGACCAACCCAGCCUUUAAAUCCUCCACUAACCUCGACCAUAUUAAAACAGGUUACUAUUGGAUUACGGCGGUGAGUAUUCUGCUUCGGUAA